CUGUCAUGAUGCGAAUGUUGACGUUUGCACUGCUGUUGUCUUGAUUUUUGUAGAAAUACGUCAGUUACAUAAUUAUAAAAAAAUAAAACGACGGACUGACGCCGAUAGACGCAUAAACACGUAUCCCAAUGUGAUAAACCCGUGAAAUAUUUUGUGGUUAUUUACAAACCAGUCUCAUUAGCACCGUAUAUCUCUCGUCGUGAAAUUUUGGCAGAAGUAACGCCGAAAAGACAUAACUUUAAUCUUGUUGACUGAGCGCACCGUAAAGCAAUCGUAUUCAUCGAUUAUUGUGGCUGGGUUACUGUUGACAGUUUUGAUGUAUAGGAUAGCAACCUUAUUUCGUGCGAUUGUGUUUAGUUGUGUUUUACCACUACAGACAAAUUGUUUCCUGUGCAUGAACCUAGAAUUGUAGCAGCUAUGGAACAUGAAACAUUUGGCUGGGUGAAAAAAGAAGAUAUGAAUCUGGAAUGUAACCCCGUGGUUGUCGAAGAUCCAUUUGAAACAUCAAGGGUCUAUGUCUAUAUUAAAGAAGAUCCAGACUUAGAUUUGGGAGUGGAUGCAACUGACAAUGGUGAGGCAUCCACAAGAGGACUUGCAUCAGAUAGUGCACGAUCAUCUCAUCUGUCCAAUGAAAACUAUGGCUCUUCAUUUAAAGAAACUGUUUCACCAGCUGUGACCCGUGAUGAGCUGACACAGGAAACUGUCACGCACAGUAAUUCCUUCUGCAAUGCAGAUAACAUGAGUGAGAUGGAUAAUGAAUUCUGUGACUUCACCUGUGAUACAUGCCUGCAAAGAUUUUCAUCAAAAUACAGCCUCAUAAUGCAUGUAUUCACUCACAUUGACACUGCACAGCCACCAUUACAUGUUUGUAGAUGUUGUGGAGAAGUGUUUCUUGACAAUGAUGCCCUGAAUAAGCAUGUCAGUAUGAAGGAGGAUGGCAGGACUUUGAUUGCACAACCAUUUCCUGAUACCAGGGAGGUUCACAGCUGUAGAGAUGUGUGCGAGAAUAUAUUCACUGCAAAAGAUCACAUGCCUGUUGCUCUAACUGCACCCACUGUUAGUGAUUCAUGUGGACAGUUUGCAAACAUUUAUUAUGCCUCACAGGGCUAUUACUGUGAUCCCAGUAGCUGGUCUCUCUGUCAAAAAAAUGGUAAAACAGUUUCCUCAUGCCUUAUACACGCCAAGCCACACAAGUGUGAUGUAUGCAGCAAAUCUUUUGCUUAUGCAUCUCUUCUCAGAACCCAUUCCUUAGUACAUUCUGGAGUAAUGUCGCACAAAUGUGAUGUUUGUGGAAAAAUGUUUGUUAGUGUUGAUCAUCUUAAAAAUCACAAAUCAGUGCAUUCUGCAGCAGAGAAACACAAGUGUGAUGUCUGUGGCAAACUGUAUACUACAGUUCAUAACCUCAAAGCUCAUACAUUAGUGCACUCUGCAGCGAAGGCACACGAAUGUGCUAUAUGUGGGAAAUUGUUUGCUACACUUGGUCAGCUCAAAUCCCAUGCAAUAGUUCAUUCUGGUGUGAAGAAACACAAGUGUGAUGUUUGUGGCAAAUUGUUUGCUAGAUUUGGUGAACUCAAAGUUCAUGGCCUAGUUCAUUCUGCAGUGAAGUCACAUGAGUGUGAUAUUUGCGGAAAAUUGUUUGCUAGACCUAGUAAUCUCAAAGCCCAUACCCUACUACAUUCUGCAGUGAAAUCACACAAAUGUAAUGUUUGUGGUAAAUUUUUUUCUAGACUUGGGCAGCUCAAGAACCAUGAAUUAGUGCAUUCUGGGGUGAAGGCACACAAAUGUGUUGUGUGUGAAAAAUCGUUUGCUUUAGUCAGUAAUCUCAAAUCCCACGCAUUAUUGCAUUUGGGGGUGAAGGCACACAAAUGUGAUGUUUGUGGCAAAUUGUUUGCUACACUUCGUGAGGUCAAGUACCAUUCGAUAGUACAUUCUGGGUUAAAGUCACACCAGUGUGAUGUGUGUGGCAAAUUGUUUGCUAGACGUAGUGAGCUCAAAGUUCAUUUGUUAGUACAUUCUGAUUUGAAGCCACACAAAUGCAAUUGUUGUAGCAAAUCUUUUGUACGGGCUGUUGAUCUCAGGAGGCAUAUGCAAGCACAUUUUAAGAGGAAAGGGCAUGUAGCUUCACAUAUUGAAAGCUCCCAUCCUAGUUAGAUGUACAGCAAAUUUUGUACUUAAUUCAGUGUUUGAACUUCAGUGCAAGAUUGGUAAUGAAGUGCUUUACUGUGAAUAAUUAAUUGGCUGUUUGUUGUGACAGUUCAUAUUUUUAUUCUGACAAAUUCAUUUUGUGAUAUGUAUUUCAUUUUGUUAGCUGUGUUUUGUAAGUGUAUUUGCAAACAAGCAAAGUGGAUGUAAAAAGUGUAAUUUCUGUUGUUGC